UCUGCGAGAACAGACUGCUGAAAUGCAACUAGAGCUGCGACGAACAAUAUUCUACUAAAACCACGUGAUUCAGUUGAAAGGUGACUAAAAAGAACCAUGACUGGAGGUGUUGUGCACAUAGGAGUUUUGAUGCAUCUCUUUUUGACAUUGGUCAGUGUUGAAGGAUGGACGUAUCACUUCUUGGACAACGAGACAAUGACCUGGAAUCAUACAAGAACAUACUGUCAGAAACAUUACACAGACAUUGUGAUGGUCUAUGAUGAAAAUGUAACACGUUUCCUUCAAGAAAAGUUAACAAAAAAAUCUUCAUCUCCCUACUACUGGAUAGGGAUGCAAAAGAUCAAUGGCAAUUGGACGUGGGUUGCCAAUGGACAAACUGCGAACUAUGAAAACUGGGCAGACAAUGAGCCCAACAACAACCUGUCUAAUGAAAACUGUGUUGAAUUGUACAUCUCCAAAGGCAACAAUAGUGGAAAGUGGAACGAUGAAAGUUGUGAAUAUAAGAAGCAUCCUGUAUGCCAGACAGCACAAUGUCCAAACAGUACAUGCACUGUUAGACAGGACUGCAUAGAGCAAGUCAACAACAUUACCUGCGUGUGUAAACCAGGUUUUUCUGGGCCAAAGUGUGAAAAAGUCGUUUCAUGUGAGCAACUCUCUGCACCACCGCAUGUUAGGAUGGAAUGCUCCGGUCCGUAUGGGAAUCGUUCCCUCAAAUCAACCUGUAAAUUUUCAUGUGCUGGUGGAUAUAAACUGACUGGUAAAGCUGAGCUCAAAUGCAGUUCCUCAGGUGCAUGGAGCGCACCACCUCCUUCAUGUGCAGCGGAGUGUUUUCCUGUUCUUUUGUUUGGUGGUGGAUUGCUGAACUGCACUGAAGGACAUGACGGCAACAGAUCUGCCUGUAGAGUACAGUGUCCACCUGGUCAUUUGCUGCUGGGUUUUGCUGAGUUCACCUGCAGAGCUGAUGGCACAUGGGAGUCUUCCUUUCCACUAAUGUGUGCAAGUUAUGUCCAUUUUCUAACUGCUCUUUUGGCAUGUUUUGUCAUCUCACUGUUGUGUUGCUGUUUUUGCUGUUUGUUUUGUUGCUUCAACUGCAGAAGAAGUAAAAAGCCAGUGAGUUUGAGAAUUCAACAAGAAACGGUGAAUCCAGCAUAUGAAGCAGAACAAACACCACUAGAGGGCCCUGUUAUUCAGCAUAAACAUUUUUAAUCAGUAAACUAUCGAGAUUUGCUACUAACUAGGGGAUAAUUGAGUGCAUCUUUUAUUUCUAUAGUUUCUUAUCUUUAUUCUAAUCCCCCUCUUUAUAUAUAGUCAUGUUAACAUGUUAUUUAAACUGUAAUUUUGAAAUUUACAAUUUUGUAGUACUUGAAAAUGUACAAAUAAAGUGAGGGAAAAAAACUUUCUCAUCUGGAUGUCUGAACUGGUUUUGACUCAAAUCUUCUGUGCAUUCUUUUUUAGAAUCUUUGAGCAAAUAUAAAAUAGUCAAUCAACUCUUUGUCAAUUUUGCUCAAAAAUGCUAUAUGUUGUGUAUUGUUGUAAAAAAAAAAAAAACAGUGUGAGCUGGAGAAUGUGUGACAUUAAAAAUAAUAAACUAUUUCUGGCAUAAAACAACAGU